GUCACCGGUGAAUCGGGAAUUUGGGCAAACGGAAGUUCGAUCCUGUCAGUGGAAUACUCGGGGCUGGGAUCCAUGCUGAUCGUGAUGCCGAUUGGCGUCACCUGAAAUCACAUUCCACUAUCGUCCACCAGGAUGAAGAAUAGCAAGUCGAUGAUGGAUAUCGAGGACAUUUGUGGGUGUUCGAAACUACCCUCGAUCAUUCCUAAGAAGGAACUACCGCACUUGAAAUCCACUUCCGCCGCCUUCAUGCACGUACGCGACAACCUGGAGGAGCUGGGCAAGGUGGCUGACGACACGGAUCUGCUCUUCCUCAAAGGCCUCCUGGAUAGCCCUGUGGUCACGUCUCUAGUGAAGGUCCAGGAGCGUCUGGAAGAUCCUCCACUUCACGUGGAACCGGUAUGCUCGUCCAUUUGUGACAUCGUCGAUGAGGUGUGUCACGCGCUGCGCUCCUCCAGGGACGAGAACGCGCGCGAACUCGUACGAUUAUUAAGAAGCUCGCAUCUAAAAGCCCUUCUAGAGACGCACGACGCGGUCGUCGAACGAAAGGAAGCGCCAUCAAAGCCGGAACCAUCGCAACUGACGAUGCCUACCAACGAGAGGACGGAAGCUGUCAGGAUGGUUGGACUUAGGAGGCAACCUAACGAACCUCUGGGUCUGACGGUGCAGGUCGACGAAUCCGGAAAUUUGAUCAUCGCCAGGAUCUUAGGCGGAAGCACUGCUGCCCGCCAGGGACUCCUGAGAACCGGCGAGGUAAUCCUCGAAGUGAACGGGAAGGAAGUUCACAACCCUGAGGAGCUUCAAGAAGCCAUUCACGAGGCGAAGGAGAAUUUGUCGCUGAAACUUGCACCUGGAAUCGCUUCUGAUGGCAAUCGACCCGUAAAAUCUACGUGUUACAUGAGAGCGCUGUUUGACUACGAUCCAUCGGAAGACACUCUGUUACCAUGCGUAGAGAUUGGACUUCCAUUCCAGAAAGGUGACGUACUACAAAUUGUAGACCAAGCAGACCCAAAUUGGUGGCAAGCUCGGCGAGUCGAAGGCGAGGGUCUAGGUCCGCCUGGUCUAAUUCCGUCGCUGGAACUGGAAGAACGAAGAAAAGCAUUCGUGCCACCGGAAGCGGAUUUUGUACACAAAAUUAGCAUCUGUGGGACUAAGAUCUCUAAAAAGAAGAAGAGGAAGAUGUACCAAUCGAAGUCCAACGGUGAAUUUGACAGUGCGGAACUGCUAUUGUACGAAGAAGUGGCCAGGAUGCCGCCAUUUAGACGUAAGACCUUGGCUUUAGUCGGUCCAAGAGGAGUUGGUCGCAGGACGCUGAAGAAUAGACUGAUAAAUAGCGACCCUGAGAAGUUCGGUACCAUUGUUCCGUAUACCUCACGACCACCCAGAGUACUUGAAGAAGAUGGCAAAAGUUAUUGGUUUACUGACCGCGAGUCCAUGGAAACGGAUAUUAGAGAGCAUCGAUACCUUGAAUAUGGAGAACACGGUGGGCAUUUGUAUGGUACAAAGUUGGAUUCCGUGAGGGAGUUAAUCAGAGCUGGCAAAAUGUGCGUUCUGGACUGCAGUCCAGCUGCUCUGAAAAUACUUCACAACAGCACAGAAUUUAUGCCCUAUGUUAUCUUCAUAGCGGCACCAGGAAUGGAACAAUUGAAAUGGUUGUAUGAUUUGGCGAGGUCGACUGGAACGAGCAGUCGGAACUUGACGUUUGACCGCCAGAGUUCCAUCAGGUACAGCUCGAGAAGAGCCAGGACGUUGGAAUCUCUUGCUUCCUUGUACGAGGAGGACGAUCUGAAAGCAACGUUGGAAGAAUCCGCGGCCUUACAGCGUGCCUACGAGAAAUAUAUCGACCUGGUGAUUGUGAACGAGGACUUCGACAAUACAUUUAGACAGGUGAUCGCCGCGUUAGACGCCUUAGCCACCGAACACCAAUGGGUUCCGGUGAACUGGAUUUAUUAAACACUAUUCAGGCUACCUGAGGGAACAAGUAGUUUCAAAACAGAUGAUCCAAUUCCGGGCUACAGUAUCGUGCAAAAUAACAAAUUAUUGCAUAAUUUUCUGUGGAACACAUGAUGGCGUCUUUAAUAUACCCAUGCUUGGCAAACUUGAUGUCGAGUGCAUCGUUAGUAUAUUUAUAGCAUCGUAUCGUCGUGCAAUGGAACAAUUUUAUGGUUGUACUAUGUGUAUACAGAGUUCUAGUGUGUUGUGUAUAUUGUCUCCAUCAAAUGUAUAAAUACUUUUAAGCGAAAUGACGCACUCGAAUCGGGUAAAGAAGAAACGAGACAUGAAUUUCUUCUAUCGAGCGGGGAGUCUCCGAAACGAAAGCAACAAAUUUCGAACACGUGCAUUCUUCUUCUACUUAUGAUUAGAAAAAUACUCGGGGCUAUGAAGGCCAAGAAGAUAUAGUAUCUCGCUUUAUGAUGCUACGUUUCCAGCAAGUACAAUCGUGUAGCAUUUACGUUACUUUGUUUUAGGUUUACGAAACGAUCCGUUCGCCUCCUAAAUUUCGCUCGUUAAUAACAUAUAUUCGUUAGAAAUCUACAAAAGUACCGUUAAAAGAUACAAGAAAAUAACAAGAAAAUUAGAAAAUAAACAUAUGAAUUUUGAUUUCAACGAUAGUAGUUAAAAAUUUUUAAUUGUUUUAAUAUUUUUAAUAUCUUAAUGAUCCAAUAUCUGAUAAUUUUCUCUGUGAGUCUCUAAAUUGUCUUUUCACGCUAACUAAAGUAACGUUACAAAAAAAUUCUCGCAUACAUUCCCCUUUAUUACCCAGAACAACUAAACGGAAACGGAUCGCGAUUAAAGUAGAUAUACGUUAUAGACCGCCGUCCAAUUAUUUUUAGGAUACGUCUAGUUUUAAUUUCCCUUGAAGUACGAGUCUGCAUAUGUAUGUAUGUUUAUUUACCAUUUGUCAUACAAUGUACUUUCGUUUCUUUUAUAGAGAUAUCUAUUAUAUAUACAUAUUAUACAUUAUAUAUUUCAUGAAUCCUGUUUGUACCGCUCGUGCACUUUGAACAUAUUCCUGGCAUAGAGUGCCUUAAUAGCAUAGCCUUACCGGGCUUGCAGCGAAGACCUACUAUGUCGAGACGAUAUAUUCUCUUAUACUCGAGAGUUUUACGCAAGACACGUCUAAUAACACAUUUUUCUAAUGCUCUGACACGCAUGCACAUGGAAAUUACGACCGUUGCAGAUCGCUAUAUAUGCAUUUGAUCGGAAGCUCCCGAUCGUGCCAUGUGAUAUACGGAAAAAUAAAGUUUAUCGAGCGUU